AUGAGUAUUAGUUUCUUACAUUUCUUGCAAACCAUGCAACAUCAGGCAGUAACACAUCACUAGAAAGAAAGAAAGAAAAAAAGUUUAGAUAUAGUUAAAGAGAUCCAAUUUUGAAGAAAUGGGGAGGCUUUUUGUGGUGAAUCUUGAAGGGAAGAUCUAUAGUUGUAAGCACUGUAGAACCCAUCUUGCUCUUUAUGAAGAUAUUGUUUCAAAGUCUUUCCAGAGCAGGCAUGGGAAAGCUUAUCUCUUCAACAAGGUAGUGAAUACCUUCGUCGGAGACAAAGAAGAGAGAAUGAUGAUGACCGGAUUGCAUACUGUUGCUGACAUUUUCUGUGUUGGAUGUGGAUCAAUUAUAGGGUGGAAAUAUGAAACUGCCCAUGAAAAGAGCCAGAAGUACAAGGAAGGAAAAUCCGUUCUUGAACGGUUUAAGGUAUCUGGUCCAGAUGGAAGCAGUUAUUGGAUAAAUCAUGAAGCACAUGUUGGUGGAAGUGAUGCAGAUGAUGUCUAGUUAACCCUUCAUUUCCAAAUUGUACAUUCUUUCUCCUCUGAUCUCAUGUCAUUACUUUUAACUCUGUGAAAUUGUGAAAACAAGAAUCUUCAUUUCGACAGCGCCACAAUAUCGCUGUUCGACGAUAUGAUUUGUAGACAUUGAAGUUGCUGAUUCUGAUGUACUUCAUGUUUAAGGGUCAGUCAGUCAAUGUUAAGAACCUCAUUCUAUUGUUCAAUAUUUUACUUCAAUUUCAAA